AUGGAAUUUAUAAAUCUGUUUAUGGGAAGGGCGAUUGAAGAGGGGCUGUUUCAAGGUAUUCAACUUCCCGAAGGUGGCCCGAAUAUCUCCAAUUUAUGCUAUGCAGAUGAUGUUCUUUUUUUGGGUUUGUGGUCGGACCAAAAUGUGGUGACUUUGAAGCGGCUGCUAAGGUGGUUGGGGUUGAUCUCGGGGCUGAAAGUAAAACAAAGGAAAUGCAAGUUGUACGGGAUAGGAGUGGACGAGACAGAGGUGUCGAGGAUGGCGGCUUUAUUGAACUGUGAAGCUGGUAAGUUACCUUUUUUGUAUCUUGGAGUUCCUAUAGGGGCGAAUAUGAAGAGGAAAGUUUUUUGGGCUCCGGUUAUCGAUAGGUUGAAGUCAAAAUUAUCUAAGUGGAAGACGAGGCACUUGUCAUUUGCAGGUAGACUGACGUUAGCAAAGACGGGUAUCACGGAUGCAAAGAAGAAACUUAGGUGGGUUAAAUGGGAUUUGGUGUCCAAAUCUAAGAAGUUUGGGGGGUUAGCAGUGAGGAGAAUAAGGGAUUUCAACUUGGCUAUGUUGACAAAAUGGUGGUGGAGGUUCAAGUCCAACCCAAAUCAGCUUUGGGCCAAAGUUGUUGCUUUGAUUCACAAUAACAAUUCGACGGACCAGCUCAUUCCCUUAAAAAAUUCAGUGGCUGGGGUUUGGAAGGUUAUCGGUAGUAUGAGUAAGGAAUUAAGCAAAAUAGGCAUUAACAUCUCCGACAAUUUGAUUUCGGAAAACGGGAGUUGGAAGUGGCGAAAUAAUUCGGAGGAGCUUUUUUCAGUCAAACAAGUCAGACAAGACAUUGAAGGUUCCAUGGAAGUUAGUUCGAACAGCGUUUCGGGUUUCGACUGGCUCAGUUGCCCCCCCCCCCCCAAGACUAAUUUCCUGUUGUGGAGAGCUCUCCUCGGUAAGAUUGCAUCUAGAGAAGGUCUUGCUCGUCGGGGAGCCCCUAUGUCGGAUGUUUCGUGCCCCCGCUGCGGUAUGGAAGCUGAAACCUCGGAUCAUAUCUUCUUUAACUGUUUAUGGGCUAGAUGCAUUUGGUGGAACGUGUUGGCUUGGGUUCGGAUUAAAUUCCCUCUUCAAUGCUCUUCUCUUCCCGAACUAAUUUCUGUUUUAAAGGAUUCCCCGGGCGGGAGGAUAUGGAAAAGAAUUGUCCGAACUAUUGUAUGUGCCACGGUGUGGAGGAUUUGGAGUGCUAGAAAUGCGAAAGUUUUUGAAGAUUGUUUCAUCCCUAUCAACAAGACGUUCGACCUCAUUAAGGAGGACGCUUUUCUGUGGAUAUGUAACCGUGCGAAUCUUAGGAAGCCUUCUUGGGAGAGUUGGGAAUUGUUCGAUGUAGUAGGUAUUAUGUAA